AUGCAGUUCAAGCUUCUCACCAUCGCUACCGCCUUCGCCGGCCUCGUCGCCGCUCAGAAGAGCGAGCUGACCCCUCAGACCGUUGUCAAGAGCAUCGAGGCCGUCACCGAUCUGUCCCAGGAUGCCAACAACAUCCUGACCGACGUGAGCUUCAAUAACCUUCUCUCCGUAAUCCCAAGAGCCCUCGACAACAUCCGUGAGAUCGCUGUCGCCGUGCGCACCGACAUCACCAUGAUUGCCGAAGCCGACAAGUCCAAGCCCUUCCCCGCGGACGGGCAGAACCAGGUGUGCGAGGUGUUCCGCGACUUUGUCCGUGUUCAUCAGGCCCUUCUCAACACCAUCAUUGGCAAGAGCAGCUUCCUCUCCGGCACCCCUUUCACCGCUCCCAUCACCAAGGUCCUCCGCACCAUCGAGGGCGGUGUCGACAAGCUCACUUUCGGCAUCAUCGAUCUUGUCCCCACCUGCAAGAAGGGUCUCGAGAGCGACAAGAAGGACCUUGAUGCUUCUUUCAAGAAGACCUUCGAGGCGCUCUAA